AGUCAUUUAGACAGACAACGUAACCAAAACUCUUUCAUUUUCUGUCUGUUUUGUUCUGUUCUGUUCUCAUCUUUUCUAAUUUUCUCAGGAAAAUCUCUUGUGGGACAUUCCGGGAAAGUUUAUUUCAGAUUCAGAUUAUUUUUAAAAAUCCAGAGAACUACCAAAUACAUUCUUUCGUUCACAAUCCUUUUUUACUUUCUCUCUUCUCUGAUCUUUCUUCCUUCUCCUUCUAAAUUUUCUGGGAAAGUUUAAAAUUUUCCGGGAAAGUUUAUUACUUUAUCUCGAGAUUCACCAGAAUCCGAUUCCUCCGGAUCGAUUAAGAUGAAGCCACCAGCUUCGUUAGAUCACUGGAGAGGCUAUUUCCGCCGAGCAGACUCCGAUAUAUUCCAGAUCAUCGAUCACGCCAUCAUGGUAGCAGCCGCAGAUUCCCCGAUCAAAUUCAAAACCAAGAGAGACAAAAUCGCCGAGCUUCUCUUCUCCUGCAGAGUCGCUCGCUGCAACGGAUGCGACCACCUCGAGCUCUCAAUUCCCGGCGAAGAUACGGCGGUUGAUGAGGUUGGUGGUGGAAGUAAAGAGAGCAAUAAUCAGAUUGUUCGUAAUAAUUAUAGUUACGAAGAUGAAGCUGAGGCUUUGAGCGAUGCGAUCGAAGAGUUUUCUAUUGUUUCUAAGGAGGUUGUUAGGAUCAAAGAGGUCUUGAUCAACAAAGACCACGAGACACACCAAGUGAUAAUUGAAUCUCUGAGGAAGUUAAAGUUGAUGUCUUUGGAUGUGGAUAUCCUCAAGAGUACUGAGAUCGGAAAGGCUGUUAAUGGGCUUAGGAAACACGGUUCUGAUCAGAUUCGCCAGCUGGCAAAGACUCUCAUCGCAGAGUGGAAGGAGCUGGUUGAUCAAUGGGUGAACACCACUAAGGAUAUAGCUGAAGGUGCUGGAGGUACACCAGAGUCUGCGAAUCCGUCUGUUGUUGAUGAGGAAGAAGAAGAAGGAGCGUUUCCGUCGCUUCCCUAUGAUGUUGAUAUCUUUACACCUGAAGCUAACGGUUUUGAGAUAUUAAAUGGAGAUUUCUUUGAUUCACUAGAUUUUGAUGGAAAUCCUUGUGACUCUGGGGAAUAUGACACAAGCCGAGAACACGAAAGAAGAACACAGAAGAGAAGACCUGAGGGAACACAUAUGAGGAUACAAGACGCUUCUUUUAGAUCUAUCAAGCCAUCUUCAUUAGCUGAUAGGACUAGGAGACCUCUUAAGCAAGAACAGAAGAGGAAAGCUCCAGGACCUCAACAAGAAAAACUUAAAGGUCUUGGCGCAGACGCAAAGUUUGAGUUUGCUAAAAGGAAACUUCAAGAGAGCUACCAACAACAUGAUAAAGCCAAGAAGCAGAGAACAAUACAAGUACUCGAGACGAUCCCAAAGCAAGGUAGUAGUGCUGCUCAGAAACCACAACUCAAGAGACCUGGAAUGAACAACAGGAAUUGGUCAGACAGGCGUAAAUAGCUUCUUCUCUGUCAUUAUUUACAUAACAGACCACAAGUAUCAGCAAUCUCUGGUGAAAUAAGAUGAAACAGAUUCAACAUCUGAAACAUUUCUUUUAACAAAACUGUUAACUCCUCUGUUUUUGUUCUUUAUUAAUUCCACCAGUUUGCAGCCAUAUAGGAUCCCAACUGUUGUUACUUUCUUUGUUCCUACUACAUUCUUGAGACUCUUCCGGUACACUCCCUGUUUAGUUUAAUCCGGUUUGGUCGGGUCAUGUUCGGUUCCGUACAUUACUUUAAAAUUGUAAAAGAGGGGGUGGUAGAAAAGCUUUUCCGAA